UAUAAUAUCUAGAUUAUUUUAUCCUAAUUAUCUAGAUUUUUCUAUAAUAAUAUCUAGAUUUUUUUCUUGACAAAGUGGAGGAUAAUUUUAGAAUUUAGAUUAAGUUUGGGGUAUACAUGAUUAGUAAAAGAGUCUCUUAGUAAAAUACUAACCCAAUCAUAUGACCCAAAUUAAGAUUACUUUUCAACGCGCUCUCUCUAUCUCUUUCUCUCUCUCUAGUCUCGCCAUGGAUCUUCUUCGUCAGAGCUUGGGUUGUCUUUUGAUCGUUGCGUUAUUGUCUCCUACAGCACUAUCAAUGCAGUUCGAGCUUCGUUCUGGCCAGAUGAAAUGCAUAUCGGAGGAUAUUCACGAAAAGUCCAUCAGCGUUGGCAAAUACUUCAUUGUAAACCCUAACGAAGAUCAUCCUCUUCCUGAUUCUCACAAAAUCACCGCCAAGAUGGUGUCGCCAAAAUGGAAUGCGCUGCACGAAGCUGUUAAGGUAGAGGCUGGAGAGUUCUCGUUUACUGCGUUUGAAACCGGUGAUUACUUUACGUGCAUCUCAGCCGUUGAUCAUAAGCCGCAGACGACGUUGACCAUUGAUUUUGUUUGGACGUCUGGUGUUCACUCUGCUGCCUCCAAGGAUUGGUCUAAAGUUCCAAAGAGGAGCCAAGUCAAAAUGAUGGAGUUGUCGGUUAAGAGGCUAUUCGACACUGUUGAGUCCAUCCACGAUGAGAUGUAUUAUCUUCGUGAUAGGGAAGCAGAAAUGCAAGAGUUGAAUAGAUCCACAAAUUCGAAAAUGGCGUGGUUUAGUUUCUUGUCACUUGGGUUUUGUUUAUCGGUAGCUGGUUUACAGUUUUGGCACUUGAAAUCUUUCUUCGAGAAAAAGAAACUCAUCUAAGUAGUACAGUACGUACUACAUACUCAUACUGUGUAAAGACUAAAUAUUAUUAUAAAAACUUUAAAAGCUAUAA